UAUGUCAGUCCCCUACACCCAAGUGCCUACAUGCCACACGGAUCUAUCUACAAAUUUGAUGACCCCUCAAGUCACCAGGGCGCCAAGCCAUUCCUGACUGCGCCCGGCUCCUCUCAAGGGCCCGCGGUGCCUGAUGGUGUCAGUCCUGCCUCUCCUGAGCUGACCGCACGCUCCCCACACGUCGACCCCGUCCCCACGGGCGAGCAGCCUCAGGCAGGUGCAGGUGGAUCCAGGUCAGGCCAGUCGCCGGCGAGUCCAUUUCUGGCCCUGCAUGGGCCGCGACGAGCUGCGGGCAGCACCCUCAGCAAAACGCUGCGGUCCCCGGAGGGGAGUCUGAGAAUAAAUGCUUAUUUCUCAGGGACAGUCUUGGACUUGCUAAAGGAGCAAUCAGAGAAAGCUAGAAAAUUAUCCAAUGGAACCGUAACUUCCAGCCCAGCCCAGGUGUCGUCCCUUAAAGGCUCGGCCAAGAAGCUGGCUUCGCUCACAAGCAGCAAGAAAACCUUGUGAGGGCCUGCUCCAAAGAGGAGAGCCAGGCGGGGGUCCCAGGGGAAGAGGAGGAAGAGCCUGAAAGGCCACAGUGGCAGGACAAGGCAGCCAGCAGAGCAGAGGCAAGCUGGCACAAAUCUCCCUUGACCUUUUUGCUGGCCCGCAGCGAGGCAGAGGGGCGCCCUCUCCAGGGCAAGCGGCAGCUGAACACAGACCUGAGUAGUCUGGGAAGCUGGGGUGGAGGAGGGGCAGGCAGUGAGCACUUGGCGCAGGACCGUGGUCUUCCUCUCUGGGAAAUCCUGCUGUCUCCUGAAUGGCCCAGGCACCUGUCUGCAUGCAGCGCUGGCUGCGCAGGGCGAGCGCGCCGCACUGCCAGUGCCCCUGGCCGUCGUGGGCACGCUCUGUCUCCUGCUUGGAAUCCCCCCCCCGGGGGUCUCCAUUUUGUCUUGUAAAUGCCUAGGACCUGAGGUAAUAAAUCCACAUUUGCUCAAGCUGAUGUGUACCCUUGAUCUGGAUGUUUGUCUGACGUUAGGAAACCUAGCACUUGCCUACCACCUAGUCUUCUGCUUCCUCCCAGGUCCAAGAGGAGGCCUGUGACCAAGGAAAGGCCCUUUAAAAAUGCUGUCUCUUUUCCCCAGGCUGAAGUUCAUGACCUGAACAAGAGCAGGUUCACUUCUGUACCCCCAGCACUUACUAUUUGGCCUUAUAAUGUAAGUAGCAUAGUAAAUGUAGGGCAGAGGGAGGGCAGAGGAGUUUUUCCAAUUGUCGGGAAUUUACUUGGGUGGGGCAAUGAGCUAACCGCAA